CUAGGAUUUAUUGUCCAGAGAAGAAGAUUGUCAUUCUGGCUGCAACAGCAGCACUGGGGGAAUCACGAUGUUAUCCCACACUAGCACGAUUGCGACGGCUGAGCUGGCCUUUUACGCCAUCGGCCUCGCCAUAGCGGUCGCUCUGGCAAUGAGAAAUGGAUGGCGCAACGAGCCGUACUGGGCCAUUUUGGCUGCUUUUGCUUUCGCUCGGAUCCUCGGAGCCGCAAUGCAGCUGGGAACCAUCACCGCGCCACUGAAUCUGCAUCUUUAUCGAGGAGCCGCCACCCUGGCCCAGAUGGGGCUCGCGCUCCUCUUGCUCGCCUCGCUGGGACUGAUGGUUGCGGUUCGGACGAGUGUUCACAGGAGGCGCCAGACUCUCAUUCGGCCAUAUAUCAUCUAUCUGCAGGGCCUCUUGCUCGGCGCGACCUUCGUCCUGGGUAUUGUCGCCGCCGCAUCGGUGCCGGAUUCCGACUUUGCGGGAUUCACAACCACCCCGGUUCCACCGACGCUCGUUGCGAGCACGAUCCUCUCUAUGAUUACCUUCUUGAUCCUUAGCUUCUGUACGGUCUGCUUGUGGCUCGACGCCCAAUGCUUCGACCAGACCGCGAAAUGGCUUUUGUCGGCGGCCACAGCCUCGCUGCCCUUCUUGCUUGUGCGCAUUGUCUACUCGGCGCUGUGUACGUUCGUUGAUAACAUGGAAUUCCAUUGGUUCAAGGGCUGUCCUCUCAUGCUCAUUGUCAUGUCUAUGUUGAUGGAGUUCGCGGUGGUCGUCAUCUAUGAAUCCGUAGGAAUCCUGACCGCACGUCGCGUGGUGCUUAACACGGCCAACGCAUCCCCGACGGGAGCCAGAAUCUCGGACAUCAGCAAGCAAGAUGACUCUUCAUGCUCUUCCGGUACACCCCUAAGGAAUGGCUAAAUCCUUUCCCUCAUGGACGACGACAUCUUUGUUUCGAUAGGAUCACUGCUGAAUCCUUCCAUCCCUGUAACCGAGUUUGAUUGGCGAGAUGACCCUGAGUUUGCUUUGGUUGUGGUUCCUUCGAUAUAGAUCAUAUACGUUGCCAAAAGCGAAAUAAACAGCGUACUGGGUAACACUGCCAGACAGUCGGAGUGCUUGUGGAUGUUUCAUGGGCAUGUCUGGGCAUAGCCUACCAUUUGGCCGCACGAUGGGACUACAAAUGAGCGUGGUAUAUUUCACACGUCGUAGGACAGUGAAUAGCCUUUAGCAUCCAAAUCGACUAAACAUUUGCGGAGCUCUGAAGCGGG